AUGGAGUGGAACGGUUCUGUGGACAAUGCAUCAAAUUCAGAGGCAAGAGACAGCGGUAUCGCUGCUUCGUCGCGUUUACUUUCAUCUGAAACCAGUGUGAGAAAGCCCCAGAGCUUCCCCGAUCCACUACCCGUCUCGGAUCCAGAGCAAACUCUCUUCUUGGAUUCUCUCCUCAACCCAGAGGCUACCCCAGAUGUCGAAGAAGUCCCACGAUUAGGCAUCCCGGGCUACAUCACUGCACUACCGUCAGGUCUCGACCUAGAGGCCCUUCAGUUCCUGCGCGUUAGAGGGGCCUUGUCGAUCCCCACGGCAGAAGUGAUAGACGAGCUCAUCGGGGCAUAUGUCUGUUACAUACAUCCGUUCAUGCCUCUGCUGGAUAUGAGGCCAUUCAUCCGAGCCGUCGAUAGCGACGGGGAGAAUGAGAAGAUUAGCCUCCUGUUGUUCCAAGCUGUCAUGUUUGCCGGCGCUACAUUCGUCAAUGAAGGGUGCCUGAGCAGAGCCGGAUAUCAAAAUCGCAAUCAAGCUUGCACAUCAUUAUUUGAUAGAUCCCAGCUAUUGUACAAUGCCGACAUUGAAUCCGAUCCCACCACAUUGACUCAGGCGCUGCUCCUCAUGACGUACUAUCACCAUGAUCCAGGGCACACGAAGGGGAGACAUCACCUACUGACAGCCGCGUGCUCCUUCGGCACAGAUACCGGACUCGACGGGUCCCCUGAACCGGAGGUGUUUCCGGUUGCGCAUCGGAAGCUCCGUCGCAGACUAUGGUCAUGCUGUCUGAUCGUCGACAAAUUUGUAUCUAUGAGUGAACGUCGAGUCGCAUGUAUCCAUCCUGGAAAGUCCACCGCUCAUACGCUGGAGCUAGGCGAUCUCAACGACACGGAUCUCAACGAUGCACUUGACCGGUACUAUAUGAGAGAUCGCGAAACGGAUGCGAGGAUCUUACGAAAAUUAAGCAUCAUGAAUACGAAAAUCUACAGCAUAAUUGACCACAUCCUGAAUACGCUCUACACGCCUGUCGUCUACUCGGACACCCUCACGUUCACUACCAAAACAGUCCUCGUUCCCCAGACCUCGACCGAGAUCGCCCCAGAUUGCAUGGCUCUAGAUCAAGAGUUGCGCAAAUGGUAUGCAGAACUGUCCACCACCGAAGGGAGCAAUGUCGGCCGGGACCACCGCCGUAACGGACGCGUGGUCGGCGUGCACUCGGCCAUAGUCGAGAUGCUGUACAACACUGCGCUAAUACUCGUUCACCGCCCACACGCCACUCUCCGACUCCCGGAAAACUCUGCGGCCAGGUUUCUCCAAGAAUUUUCUGGGGCUGUCACGAACGAAGCGGCACGGAGAAUCACUGACAUUGCUACUCCUCUUCAGGAAGGCCACUUACUCCGAUUUCUCCCCCCGGUAGGGGUGACGGCACUGUUCACUGCUGCCAGGGAACACGUCGGUGAUGUUCGGUCCGGUGAUACUACGACCCGCAACCGUGGACGCGGGUACUUCGACCAGACGAAGAUGCUGCUCAUCCAUCUUCAGAGCGUUUAUAAGUCGGCAGAGUGGGCCGUCAGGGUGAUUGACUCGAUCUGCACGAGAUUGGUUAACGAGAGUGAGCUUGACGCUGCGACUGGUGAUGGCGACGUAUCUGAAUCUCUACCUGCUUCACCAGAGACGGUCAUGACGGGAUAUGCUGCAGAGCUUCUCUUCGCUGGAAGAUUGGGCACUGCGGGUCUUGAGAGCAAGGACAUUGACUGGUCGGUGGUGAAGUGA